AUGAGCAAAAUAUGGUCUUUUCUGCUUUACACGGCACUUCUGACCGUCAUUAACUUGCCGCAUGUUUGGGCUAUCUUUGACGACCAAGUGAACAACAUAGAUUGGCAGAAAAGCAACAUUGGCCGCUACAAAUGCGUCUUUCCAGCGUCUAAUGACAGUUCAAACGAUCAUUUUCUCAUUCUGUCAAUGAUUGGCGAUGACUCCCUAUUGUCGUGGGUCGACAAGACUAGCGGUGAGCUCGUGGAUCGACUACCUUUAAACUUCCAUGCAACCGAUGCAAUGUUGACCGAAGACAAUAUUGUGGUUUUGCAAACCGCUGAUAAUGCGUAUAAAGCAUUUGACUCUGUUGACGGUUUUGAAGUGCACAAAACCAAUUUCGUUUUCGAACCUAAUUGCAUACCUGACAUGUCAUUGAUUCAGGUAAGAGAUGGGAAAAUGAAAAUUCUCGAUGAGGCCAAGCAAUUUGUGAUCUCUAUUCAAGAGUUGCCACAGGCAUUCAAUCGCGUCGAAUAUUUUAACAGCUCUGAAGAUGGGAAUUAUGAGCUCAUGAUUUCCACAAAUGACGGACUCUACAACUUCUCGAAGUUCGAAAAUCAUAUUCUUGCUGAGACUUGGGUGAGAGACGAAUCGCUGACCAAUAUCAUCGCUUCUACCUUUAUCUCAGCAAAGGACCCGACGAUCUCAAAGAUUUAUGCCGAAGUGUCCCAGGAGGAUUCCAUGACUAUCUUAGAGGCCUACAAGUUUCGGGUAAAUCAAACCCUCCUGCGGUUAAAAGAAUAUCUGAUGGCCCAUAAGUUUUCUGUUGGGAAUAUCGUUAAAAACCUUUUCGAAGAAGACGACGAGGCCACUAUAUUACAGAAAGAUGUGAAUUUUGGCCUGCUGAAAUUUCUGAUCGUAGCUACCGACAGAGGUACUAUCGCAAACUUGGAUAUCCGCACCGGAAAAAAAAUCUGGUCUAUUGAAACAGGACUCACAGAUAUCAUAACCAUACAGGCGGUGAUGAUGGAUACCGAAAUAGAGGUUUACUGUAAAUCGGGUACCUCUCUUAUAUUAGAAGUGAGCGCAAUUCAGAGAGAGCCAUUCCUUUUGCAAAGGACUCAAGGGCCAUCAUUACUGAAAGCGGAGCCACUUGAGAACGGAUAUAUUUACCUGGAAACUGAUGAUCCGGGUAUCUUAAUGAGCCGUACCGACAUUCCAGCCGAUAAGGAGUUUUACUUUUUGAAUCAUAAUAAAACCUACUUGGGUGCUUCUGUGUUCAAGAAUAAUAGUAUUGAAAAAACAUGGGGUCUUCAAAUGGGGGAUGAGCAAAUAUUGAGUUUCGCGUUUAGAGAACAAGAUUUAUCGGUUAGUUUGGGUAAUAUUCUUGGGGACAGAAGCGUUCUGUAUAAAUACUUGUACCCUCAUUUGGCUGCUUACGUGACUGGUAAAGAUGUUGGUGGGGCCUUUACUUUGCGUAUUGUCGAUACGGUGACAGGGGAGCUUGUUUAUUCAGUGGCACAUGAUGAUGGCAUAGACUUACGAGUUCCUAUUAACUUGGUAUUUGGUGAAAAUUGGGUGAUAUAUACCUACUUCAGCACGAAGCCGGUACCUGAACAAAAAAUUGGUGUCAUCGAACUUUACGAAUCUUUGGCACCUAAUGAACGGUACUCUACGUCCGCUGUUGAAGUUGAUGCCUUUUCCAACGAGCUCAAGCCCAAAGUUUUGCAGAACGCUUAUUUGUAUCCGGAAGUUAUAAAAAAUAUGGCUCUAACAAAAACUAAAUUCGGCAUUACUAUACGAUCUGUGGUUCUCGAACUUGAGAAUGGCCAGAUCACCUACCUCCCCAAAUUCAUUUUGAGCGCACGUAGAGUUGCGGAAUCGCAGAUGAGUGCCAGUGACAAAAAGGAGUUCAUGAUGUCACCCUACGUGAGCGCCAUUCCAAUCAGUGACUAUACCAUUUUAACUCACCACAGACGCAUCCUAUCUGGUCCAAAUUCUCUUCUGACAUCCGUUGCUACCAAUCUCGAAUCUACCAGUUUGGUCUGCAGUCUUGGCCACGACUUGUACUGCAGCAGAGUAUAUCCAUCUUCCCAAUUUGAUCAACUUAAGCCCAGCUUCCAAAAAUUUCAGCUUCUGUCAACCAUAGCCGGGCUUCUUUUGAUUUGUUUCUUCAUCAGGCCAAUCGUAGACACAAAGAAGCUCAAGACACAGUGGUUAGUAAAGCAUUGA